AUUGCUAGAACAGGCCCCAGGUCGUUGCUUUUAUUGUAAAAGGAGCCUGGCGUGGGUUCCCCCAGCGUGUGCGGGGCUGUAACUUCAUUCACCACAGAAACAAGAUGCGCCUCCCACUGUAUGCCAUCAACUAAUUGCGCUGCGCUCCUAAUCGCGUGCUCCACGAGCUUCGACGGCCGGCCCAUGCGGAUAAGAAAAAGAUCAUAUGGAUGCAUGAGAGUCCUUCAGCCUUCGGACAAAGUUCUGCAGACAGUCCCAGAAGUUGUGUUCCUCUUUCCCGUGUGGGUUACUGCUUGGAUAGAGAGAAACCAACUGGAAGACUGUUAUCCUUGUAUUGAGGGACUGCUGAUGAAGCCAGCUAAUGUGAAGUCAGCUAGACAUAAACUCUGUUAAUUUAGUGUUUCUGUGAUUAAAUGAGAUUCAAGGAAUGUUCACAAAAUGAAAACUUAAACUAUGCUUUUUGUUGUCAAUGAUCCCCAGAUCUUAAAAAGAACCAUGGAGUUCUUUUUUGGGACAAAAUAAAAGAAGAGGAAGGAGUACCCGUCUGUUCCUUCCCAUCUUUCAUUGUGUCAUGGGGCUGCCACCUGGGAAUACUCGCCACGUCACUUUUCUUCUCCAUCUUUACUCUUUACUUUGCAGGAAAGGACAAGAUGUGUUCUCCAAGCCCUUCCUGUGUUACUUUUACUGCCCACAGCCCAGAUUUGAGGUGGGAAUGGGCAGUACAUCCUGUCACUUCCCUUCUCUCUCUCAAACUCUAUAGUAGCUAAUGGCCUGAAAUGAAAAAAGUUUUAGUAACUAUGGAUUGACAAAUUAAACUGCAACUACUAAAUAAAAAAGGAUAUCAGUUAUAAAUUAAGGGCAGGAACUAGCUGUUGGGUGUUGCCUUAAAAAUGCAAUUCUGAACACUUAGAAAACUUUUGGUUGACCAACUUGGUAAGAAGCACAUCCCUCAUUAAAGCUGAAGGCACACAUAGGGAUUUUAAGGGGUUAAGGCAUAAAAAAAAAAAAAAUAAUAAUUUCCCACAUUCAAAAAAAGCUUUCCAAACUAAGUGGGGUUCUAACCUAUUGGCUUUUCAACUAAUGCAAAUUUCAUUUAAGAAAUACUAGAUUGUUUUUAGGUCUGCUUCAAGUUGCACCUGCAAUUGGUGCAAUCUUCCUGAGUUUGUAUAAAGUGGCUUGAGUAGUGGGAAGGUAAAUGAGUUGUGGUCUGUUUCCCUAGUUUCAUUACUCAUUAUAAGAUUCUGAAUAGCAGCUAUGAACUUACUAAGAAUCCUGUCAGUUUCCCUGUUUUGCAUUUGCUGAAAACUAUGAACUGACUUUUACCAAAUUGAUUUUGUAAAGGAUCAGAUACCAAUCUUAGCAGAGAGCAAAGCACAUGUAGAUGUCAUUGAGACAAAGAGGAUAAAAUAUGGCCUGGUGUAUUAACUAAACUAGAUAUUAUAUAUUUUGCUGUAAUUUAGGAAGAAGGAAAAUUUUGUGUGCCCCCCUCUUUUUUUGAAUCUCCCACAUUUUUGCUUUCUUUCUUCCUCCAUACUUUUUCUUUCUUUUUUCCUCCCCUCUCCUUUUUCUCUCUACUUCUUUCUGAAUCCCACCACAUUUCUCAUCCUAUAUGCUUUCCUGUUAAAUAUUGCAAUAAUUCAUGUUGACUUAUAAAAGGCUGCUAUAGUUUCACUGUGUUGUUCACACCCCCAUGUAAUGGGCAUCAGGAUAGUUCAUACCUCUUAGCCCUUAUUUCAGACUAUGUUCAGACUUGGAUAAUACUGUAUCAGUUAUGUACGGGUUGAUGGUGUGUAUGUGGGAGCAAGAGUAGAAGAGGAAGCAUUCCACUGGGAGGGCUAGAAGAUGACAGGUUAGAUUUGUCAUGUUCUGUUUUUGAAAUCUUAUUAUAAAGCAAAGUGAUAUUCAAAAGGAAGACCCUCUAAAACUAGAAGAGAUUGUCAAAUUGCCCGAAAAAAGUAGGAAAAAAGCUUCUUUCUUUUUAUCAAGGGAGAGGCUUUCCUUCCCAAACAGAGACCCAUAGGAAAGAAAAACGCAUGUCAUCUGGAGACAGCAGUACCUUCCUCUUUCCCAGUAGGUGAAAAUUUGGGCUUUCUACCAGGACUUUGCUAUUGGACUUGUUAAGUGGAGUGCCUUAUCUUCUCAUUUCAGAGGUUCUGAUACAUUUCCAGAGACCUCUUUUAAGGUAUUACAUCAUUAGAGUUUCUUUUUAAAAUAACCUUCCUAAAACUUGCACAUUCGUUAUUUUAGAACAAAUUUUUGCUUUGCUUAGGACCUCACUUAACCAGAACCAGAUUUCAGUUUACCUCUGUUUCAUCAUAAUUUAUUCAAAGAUCAGCACUGCAGAAAUGCUUCAGUUAAAGUGAAAAGGAGAAACAUUAGUAUUACAUAUAUAUUCUAGGGCAAAUCUUCAAUCUCAUAUAUCUAUGGAUAAACAAUCUUUGCAGCUGGAAAGUAAGGGUAACACGACCCUUACUGUUAGUGAUUAUUGGCAUAGGUAACCAUGUGUGCAAAGGUGCUUCUGCAACCAGAAUUGUGUAAGAAACAGUUUUUUAUUUUUUUUUUAUUUUAAUUUUUUUAUUCCAUCUUGCUUUCAUUUAAAAGCCAUCAUCUUAUGCAAGUCCUAAAGAAAUCAUGAUAUUGUAAAAGCACCAUUAAAAUCAUGUUGGCAGAGGUUAUGAACUUAUAUGCUUUAUGAAAUAUACUUUACAGAACUUAUUCUUCAAAUUUUAUAAUAUUAAGGUAGUAAUGAUUUGAAAUUUGAUUGAAGAAUCUUUAAUCAAAAAGGUAAACGCAUGCUUUCUAAACAGUGUAUCUACUUUUUUCACUUCUGAAUUUUGUUGUUGUUGACACUUUUUCCUUACAUUGAAGUGUUAAAUCCAGUCUUUCUCAUCUCAUCUUUUUUUGUGUUCUACUUCUGGCAACAGAGGCGGUGUACUAUGAUGCAUUCUUUCUGAGCCAUCCUUCAUACCUCUUCAUUUGCAAGAAAUGUUAAAUUUGAUGCAAUCAAUGUGAUCAUGCUGAUGGCCAUUUACUGCUCAUAUCAGCUGGUACCAUUUAAAACUAGGCCCUCUCCCUGGCUCAUACUACUUCAGUCAAGAACUAUUGCUUCAGUAUGCCCAGAUAGAAAAUGGGAUAAUUUUAGUUCUUAAACUAGCUUCUUUAUUAUCCCUGUUUUUACCCCUCCUCUCUUGAAACCAAACCAAAACUAAAAUAAAACCCCCCAAAAUAGUGAUUUGUCUUAAAUGUACAGAUUGCUGUUAUAUUUUAAAGAAACUUUUUACUCUGUGUGUGUCUGUGUGUACAUGUGCUUGUAUGUAUGGUUUUUUAAAAUAUUUUUUUCAAAUUGUUAUGGAGGUGUAAAAGUAAUUAUUUGCAGCAAAAAUCUCAAGGAAAAGACAAAAACAGGGAAGCUGGAGAAGGAAGUCCCUUUAUGAAAUUGCUUGGGGGAAGAGGAGGCUACUCUCCUAGACAUUUCCAGCAAGCUUGAACAGCCUGAGCGAGAGAUCUUUCUCUCUAAGCCAGGGCGAAAGCUGCAGCCUCUGACAUGGCUACAGCCUCACCAAGAUCUGAUACGAGUAACAAUCAUAAUGGAAGAUUACAGAUGCAAGUAACUGUGUCUAGUGCCAAACUGAAAAGAAAAAAGAACUGGUUUGGAACAGCUAUUUACACAGAAUUAGCUGCAGAUGGAGAAAUCAGGAAAACAGCAAAAUCAAGUAGUUCUUCAAAUCCAAAAUGGGAUGAACAGUUGACUGUGAAUGUGACUCCACAGACUACGCUGGAAUUUAAGGUGUGGAGCCAUCAUACUUUAAAAGCAGAUGCUUUAUUAGGAAAAGCCACUGUAGACUUGAGACAAGCUUUGGAAAUACACAAUAGAAAAUUGGAAAGAGUGAAAGUACAAUUGAAACUGUCUUUGGAAAACAAGAGUGGCCUGGUGCAAACAGGUGAACUAACAGUUGUGCUCGAUGGUUUGGCAGUUGAAGAAGAAUCUCUUACAAACUGCAGUUCACUAGCAACCAUAGAAGUCCAACAAAACGGUGAUGCUGUUCAUGAAACCAGAGAAACUACAGGAACAACUACAUCCAGAUCUACCUGUGAUGUUACUAACGAGACAGACAAUCAAACAUCUUCAAACUCUGUAGUAGAGAAUGCAUUCUGUAUGCAUACUGUUAAUGGAGACAGCACAUUAUCUCCUUCUCAUGUUGCCAGACCCAAAACUACACCAAAACCACUUACAACCCAGCCUACCAACAAUACUGUUAAUGGUGAGUCCUUGUCUGUACCAGAAGCUGAUGAUUCUUCUGCCUCUGAGGCUUUUACAGGUUCUGUAGAAGCCUCUACAUCAACAGAUUGCACUAACACUACUCCAGAAACUUUAUCAACAACAGAGGCAACUAGUUAUUCAGAAAACAACAUGUCUACGACAAUCUCCAUUGUCUCUGUUGGACUUGAAACUGUAACUGCCACAGACUCUGAAUCCUCAACUGCCAGAAGCAGUACAGCUACAGAAGCUGCAAAACCAAGGGAGUCCUCUUCAGGUGCAUCUGUCGAAUCUGUAAGACAACAGCCUGGUAAUGCCAGUACUGAACCUUUGCCACCAGGAUGGGAACAGAGAAAAGAUCCUCAUGGUAGAACUUAUUAUGUUGAUCACAACACACGAACUACAACUUGGGAAAGACCGCAGCCUUUACCUCCAGGCUGGGAAAGAAGGGUUGAUGAUCGUGGAAGAGUUUACUAUGUGGACCAUAACACAAGAACAACAACAUGGCAGAGACCAACAAUGGAAUCAGUCAGGAACUUCGAGCAGUGGCAGUCUCAGCGUAACCAACUGCAGGGAGCUAUGCAACAAUUUAACCAACGAUACCUCUAUUCGGCUUCAAUGCUGACAGCAGAAAAUGAUCCACUUGGGCCUCUACCACCAGGCUGGGAAAGAAGAGUGGAUUCAAAUGAUAGGGUGUAUUUUGUGAAUCACAACACAAAGACCACACAAUGGGAAGACCCUCGAACUCAAGGCUUACAAAAUGAGGACCCUCUUCCUGAAGGCUGGGAAAUCAGAUAUACUAGAGAAGGUGUCAGAUACUUUGUUGAUCAUAAUACAAGAACUACCACCUUCAAUGAUCCUCGUACUGGGAAAUCCUCUGUAAAUAAAGGCCCUCAGAUUGCAUAUGAACGUAGCUUUAGGUGGAAACUUGCUCAUUUCCGUUACUUGUGUCAGUCAAAUGCACUCCCAAGCCAUGUGAAGAUCAAUGUAUCCAGACAGACAUUAUUUGAGGAUUCCUUCCAGCAAAUCAUGGCUUUAAAACCUUAUGACUUAAGGAGGAGAUUGUAUGUUAUAUUCAGAGGAGAAGAAGGAUUGGAUUAUGGUGGUUUGGCAAGAGAAUGGUUUUUCUUGCUUUCCCAUGAAGUACUAAACCCUAUGUACUGUCUAUUUGAAUAUGCUGGCAAGAGCAACUACUGUCUGCAGAUAAACCCAGCAUCAACAAUCAAUCCAGAUCAUCUGUCAUAUUUCUGUUUCAUUGGGCGCUUUAUUGCCAUGGCAUUGUUUCAUGGAAAAUUUAUUGACACUGGUUUUUCUCUGCCAUUCUACAAGCGCAUGCUAAAUAAGAAACUUACUAUUAAGGAUUUGGAAUCUAUUGAUACUGAAUUUUAUAACUCCCUAAUUUGGAUAAGGGACAACAACAUUGAAGAAUGUAACUUAGAAAUGUACUUCUGUGUUGACAUGGAGCUUUUGGGGAAAGUUACUUCCCAUGAGCUGAAAUCAGGAGGUUCAAAUAUUUUGGUAACGGAGGAGAACAAAGAAGAAUAUAUUGGCCUGAUGGCAGAGUGGCGCUUUUCUCGGGGAGUAAGAGACCAAACCAAAGCUUUCCUUGAUGGUUUCAAUGAAGUUGUUCCCCUGCAGUGGUUACAGUAUUUUGAUGAAAAGGAGUUGGAGGUUAUGCUUUGUGGGAUGCAAGAAGUUGAUUUGGCAGACUGGCAAAGGAACACUGUUUAUCGUCAUUACACCAGAAAUAGCAAGCAGAUCAUAUGGUUCUGGCAGUUUGUAAAAGAGACAGACAACGAGGUUCGCAUGCGACUGUUGCAGUUUGUCACUGGUACUUGCCGAUUACCACUGGGAGGAUUUGCUGAGCUUAUGGGAAGUAAUGGCCCUCAGAAAUUCUGCAUUGAAAAAGUUGGCAAGGAAACCUGGUUACCAAGAAGUCAUACUUGCUUUAAUCGUUUGGAUCUGCCGCCAUAUAAAAGCUAUGAACAGCUGAAAGAGAAGCUGCUUUUUGCAAUUGAAGAGACCGAAGGAUUUGGUCAAGAGUAGAAGGGGCUUCUGGGCAAAGAGGAGAUCUUGCAUUAGUAAAAGGCCCAGCCAACUAAAAUUGCACACGUGAUUGUAUAUAAGCUUUUGUUCUGUACAGUGAUCUUUCUGGAACUCUAAAGUAGAAAUGUUCGCCGUUCUUCCACAGAGAUAUGCAAAACAGUUCAGCCUUUUCUACUUUAUUUAUUGCCCCUUCAAAAAACCAGGAAAAAAAUCAAGUUUUGAAAGUGGACAAGAGACUUUAUUUAAACUAUAUAUAUAUAUAUUAAAAAUAUAUUGAAUAUAUAUACUGGUGGGCUCUAGUUUUAUAGAGCUUUAAGUGUAUGAAACAUUGCAGCCAUUUAAAAGGGCCUGGAUUGCUUUAUCUUGGCUUUAUUAUUCAGAAAAAAUGUGCAGACUGCUCUGUGUUCUCAUUCAUGAAACAUCUCCAAGGUUGUUUUAUUGCAUGGCUGUUCCAAAAGGUGUUAAAGGCUUAGGCCAAACGUAUCUUAAAUAUGUAGAAAAAUGCUGCUGGCUUUUGAGAUGACAGAAUUUCUUCUGUCAGUUUAAUUUUUUCUUAAAUACCUAAAAUAACUGAUAUCCCUCCUACAUUUAUGUAGCCAAGGUCAUGAAUAAAGCCUUUAUUACUUGCACAGGAGUAAUGUUCAAUAAGAUGAAUGUGAUUAAUGUUUCAAGCAAUUGGUGCCACUGUUCUGACUUAUUGUAGGAGCUGAACAGAGUAUUUUAUUUCAUUGAGCAGCAUUGACAUUUGUUUACAGAUUACCUUGGAUUAUUACCAAGAGUAUGUUAGGUAGAGAAAAGAAUAAAAAACUCACAUGUUCUCUCUUGGUCUGGUGUCUUACAGGUUUGUUUGUUUUUUAAAUCUGUGAUGUACUUAAAUUACAUAGGGUAAAUAAUGCAAUUUGAAGAAUAUGUGAAAGAUACGAACUUCUGCUGCUUUUAUAUUCAUGUUCAGUUUUUGUUAUAGAUCUGGAAAACCCAAAUUGAAUGACAGCUACAUAAGCCUUGCACAAUUAAACAAAUACUAAUUUUCUUUUAGUAUUAAAUAUUAUCAUCCCUUUAAAUUUGGGUGUACCCAAAUUAAAUAUCUGUGUCUAAAUCUUGUCAUUCUUUUACAUAGGCCAGGUUUGUCCUAUGUGCAUAAUAACAUACAAUUUAAUUUUAAAGGUGUUUUAUCAGUAUUGAGGGCAUUUGCUGAACUGCAGAGAUGUUUAACAAAUAAUAAAAAUCUUACUCAUGUGAAUUAUUAAACGCUACUUUUAGCAAACUGUGCUUCCUUAUUACAGAGAACAUUUUGAAUCUUACCAUUUGUAUCAUGCUUUCAAUAGUCACUGUAAAUUCCAUUAUAAAUUUAACUUAUACAAAAUUUUGUACACACAAACCUGAUUUCUUAGAAUGUGAUUAAAACAUUUCUGUAACAUAUCUAUCGUAUUGCACUGCUAAAAGUGUAUGUGCAGAAAAAUACUGCUAUACCUGUUGUUGUAUCUUUUCAAUAUAGCAAUUGAAUUCUGCCAAACUUUA